AUGGACUUCAGAAGUCAAAUGAGGGAGCAACAGCCAAACACCUAUUAUGACUUUACCGAAUUUUCUAGACAGUGUUCUGAAAAAUGGAAGACCAUCUCAAAGAAAGAAAAAAAGAAGUAUGAAGCCCUGGCCAAGCGCGACAAAGAUCGGUACCAACGUGAAAUGAGAAACUACACCGGCCCGAGAAGGGAGAGAAGAAGAAGGGAUGUGAAUGCACCGCGGAAGCCCCCAUCCUCGUUCCUGCUCUUCUCCCAGGACCAUUUUGACGAGAUAAAGUUCUGCCUCUAUCGUGGUACUAACGCAAAUGAGAAACUACACGCCCGAGAAGGAGAGAAGAAGAAGGAUGUGAAUGCACCGCGAAGCCCCAUCCUCGUUCCUGCUCUUCCCCGUGACCAUUUUGACGAGAUAAAAGAACAACACGAACUGGACUGUGGGCGCAAGUGGCCAAGGCUGCAGGGAGGAUGGGCCAGGUGUAGGAAGAGGAUAAAAUCGAGGGAGAGGGCUGCGGUUCUGAGGGCCAAGUACCUUAAAGAACGGGAGGCCUACUACCACCAAUGCCAGCGCAGGAACUAA